AUGUCCAGGAACGCCGUGCGCGAUGAUGCUCGAAUCGGAGACUUUAUCCUCAGCGGCGAGAUUGGAAAAGGCUCGUUUGCCGUCGUGCACAAGGGCUACCGCCAGCAAACGAGGGAGCCGGUGGCCAUCAAGAUUGUCACGCGCAAGAAGCUGACGACCAAGCUGCUCGAAAACCUUGAGGGCGAGAUCGCCAUCCUAAAGGCCAUCAACCACCCCAACAUUGUCGAGCUCAAGGAAUGCCUGAAAACCGACGCUCACAUCUACCUGGUGAUGGCCUUCUGCUCGGCGGGCGAUCUGUCGCAGUACAUCAAGAAGCGCUAUGAUAUCCACCUGCUCGGCGAGCACGACGGCAACGGUAGCAGCGGCAGCGGCAGCGGCGCUGGCACGACCAAGGCAGCUGUCGUCAAGAAGGCACCCUCGCCCUACCCGCACCCCGAGGACGGCGGCCUCAACGAGACCAUCGUGCGCUCCAUCCUCACCCAGCUCGCCGGCGCGCUGCAGUUUAUGCGCGGCAGGGACAUUGUGCAUCGAGAUAUCAAGCCCCAGAACCUCUUGUUGCAGCCGCCGGAGCAAUCUUUCAUCGAUCUCGGCAACCCGAAAGAGAUCCCGCAGGUCAAGGUGGCCGACUUUGGCUUCGCGCGCCACCUCGGCAGCAACGUGCUCGCCGAGACGCUGUGUGGCUCGCCGCUCUACAUGGCGCCCGAGAUUCUGCGCUACGAAAAGUACGACGCCAAGGCGGAUCUCUGGUCCGUCGGCGCGGUGCUGUUCGAGAUGAGCGUGGGCAAGCCGCCGUACAAGGCCAACAACCACGUCGAGCUGCUGCGCAGGAUCGAAAAGGGCGAGGACCGGAUCAAGUUCCCCGACGAGAGGUCGGCCGGGUCGCUCGCCCGGGAAGCCGUGCGCAGGCAGGAGGCCGGCGAGCCGCCGCUGCCGCCGCCCCACCCGGUCUCGGGCGACAUCAAGACGCUCAUCCGCCAGCUGCUCCGCCAACGGCCCGUCGAGCGCAUGAGCUUCGAAGACUUCUUCCACAGCCCCGUCAUCGAGGACUACAAGGCCCAGGUCCUGGCCAACGUGCCGACAGCCAGGCCAGUGCCAUCGAACGCGGGCGCGGUCGGUGUCAAGCAGAUCGAGGCGCACACCGCGGCCAUCGACAGCAACGCGACGGCGGCAUCCUCGGCGCCAGCGGCCGAUUCAGCGGGCCUGCAGCGGCGAGGCUCAGGGACGCAGGGCACGCAUAGCCGCAGCAGCAGCACGAGGGAACGGGAGGCCGCCCUGCAGCCGGUACGGAACGAUUCGACGCCCCUCACAGGCUCACCCAAGCCCUCUGCGGCUGCUGUGCCGCGGUCAUUCACCAGCAAGUACGUCGUCGGCGAUGUCGGACUGCCGACACCCACGGCGGCGACGACAACGACGACGACGACCAAGACGAUGACGCAGGGGGCCGAGCGGCGAGACAAUCAGCGGUCUGCAUCAUCUUCAUCGAGGGACGGAGUUCGCAGCAGCAACUCUGCCUCCAACACCGCCGGCGCGACACGCCGAUCUGGCGGCGACGAGGAGGCGGCACAGGCAUCUCAACAGCCCUAUGCGAGGUCGCCUGACGAGAUCGGGACGGCCGUCGACUCUGGCCAUCUCGACGAAGGCAAGGGCGAGGACAGCUUCCUGGGGAAAGAGUACGUCAUGGUCGAGAAGCGCAACGUCGAGGUCAAUGCGCUGGCCGACGAGCUGGCCGCUUCGCCCCUCCAGCCGCAAUCGGGCAUGGCCCGUCGACCCUCUCGGCUGAGCCGCCUCAGCUCUGGCGCCGCUGCCGCUGCUGCCGUCGCCAGCAAUGUCGGUCCGACGGGCGAGGGCAGUGCCACGCGGCUAAGCUCGACCCCACCUGGAGGUGUGUGGCCGUCGUCGGCACCCUUUGCGCUGCCACCGGGCGCCCGACCCUCGUCGUUCCCGCGCCGCACCAGCCUCACCUCGAGCGGCUCGCCGUCGCCACGCCUGACAACGCAGCCCAUGCCUACCAUCGAUGGCAGCAGCGGUGGCGCCGGAACCACCGUGGCGCGGCGCGAGAGCUCGGGCGCGCCGGCGGCAGAGGAUCCGGCGCCGUCCAACGCGGCUGGGCAGCGGCCGAUCUACUCGGCGUCGCCGUCGUCGUCGAGCAGCCCGUCGAGCGCGCUGGCGCGGGCCAUCAGCAUGGCCAGCCUGCGCCUGUUUGGCGUGCCAUCUGGCAUGUCGCUGCGGGGCGCCGCGGCGCUGGUGCGCAGUCGGAGCAACCGGAGGGUCUCGUACCUGCGCUACGGCGAGCCCAGCGCCGACGGCGCCGAGGCGGGCCUCCUCGUCACGCUCGAGGACCUGGGUCAGAAGUCGUUUGUGCUCUCGGAAUUCGCCGACUCGAAGCUUGCUGCUUUCUUCCCGGCAGGCCCGCACCAGUCGACGCAGGAGCUCGACUCUUCGUCGAUGAUGCAGCACGGCGCCGGCGGUGGCUCGCCUGGCCGGGCCAGCAGCUUUGCGGGCGGCAACGGCAGCGGCAGCCGCGGCGGCCGGCGGACCAGCUCGGCGUCGUCGAUCUCGUCGGCGUUUGACCCGACAGCGGCAGAGACGGCGGCGGCCGAGGCGCUGGUGCUGUACGUCAAGUCGCUCUCGUUUCUGCAGCGGGGCAUCAACGCGACCAAGGCGUUCCUCGAGGCGCGAUCGCGACCCGGCUCGCCCGCCGCGCCGAGCGUCGAGCUCAACGAGAUUGUGCAGUGGCUGCGCGCUCGGUUCAACGAGGGCUACGACAAGGCCGACUUUGCGCGGUCCAAGUGCGGCGAGAUUCCCGAGAGCGCGCAGCACGUCGACCGGCUGAUUUUCGACAAGGCGCUCGAGGUGGCGCGGGCGGCGGCGCUCGACGAGCUGGAAAACAACCAGCAGGGCAGCGGGUGGGACGCCAACCACUGCCUGCUGGCCUACGAGACGGCGAGCUCGAUGCUCAUGGCGCUCCUCGACCCGGGCGAGGAAGGCAUGGGCCUCAGCGACGGCAGCAUCGCCACGAUUGAAAAGUUUGUCAAGAGCAUCAACAAGCGCCUCGUGGCGCUGCAGACCAAGUUUGGCGGCGGCGGCGGUGGCGAGGCGUCGUCGGCGAGCAUCGCCACGAGCCGGGUUCCGUCGCCUGCGGGCAUUGUCGCCGGGGCCGGCUCGGUCUCUCCGUCCUCUGGCGGCAGCAGGGCGGCUGCCAACCCCGCGUCGCACUGA